CGCCCAUGCUGUAUCGAACCGAAUCAGAUUCYCAGAAGAGAGGAUACAUCGACAACAGAAACAUCCCUUCGCAUMAUGGAUUGUCUUGAACAGAAACCGGACGGCAGUGUUGUUGUAGCGCUCCUCGAUUUCCCAAAGGGCGGCACCGUUGGCUUGGACGGGCAAAACAUCGUAUUGAAGACCGAUGAUUUCGUAGGCAUCAAGAACGUUCCGCCGAGGGCUUUCCACUUGGUUACGUGUAAAAAUGGAAACGCUAGCAACAGUGGCGAGAGUGCAAGAGCCGAUACCAACAACAUCAAUACGGCCGUGACGGUGGGAUUUCUUGUCUAUGGGGACGGCCACGACGAUGGAAUUACGGCGGGAGGGCACUUGAUUCGGCGGUACGAUCCACGGACAGAAGAAGUUGCCUCUCACCUAGCGUCUCCUGUUGAUGAUCUCACGAGGCGUAAUUUGUUGCAACAGAUCCAAGCUAGAAGUAGCAUCAUSAAUCCAUCGCGGGUGCUUUCCUACGAGCAACUCGUCCAAGGAAGCAACAGCGACAACCAUCAAGGUGGAAACGAAAGAGAUUUGGUCAUGUUGUCUCAGCAACGAGUAUGGGGGGAGCAAACUCGAUUCAUCAAUAAAGCACAGUCCUUUCUCCUCAAUGAUUUGAGAGGGCUUUCUUCCGGGGAAAAGAUUGUGCCUGGGUGUUACGAUCCGGAAAAUGAAACGACGAGCAACGGACCAAAGAAAAAUCUCCAACAGCCCGAAGCAGACGGCAGGAGCAUGGUAUAUCCAYCCAUUCCUGUCGUUGAUCUAAAGGUUUCUCUUGCGACGCACAAACAUACUGGCACGGCACGAUUCCUAUCGCGUCUAGAACCUUCGGAACGCACCAAGAUGUUCUUGUUGGCAUCGGGACACGACUCUGGCAACAAUUUCACCGAGUUCGUUUGGCUGAACCGAAUUUUGAGUGACUAUUACCAGAAUUCAUGGGAAGCUCUACUGGGUGAUUUACAGCUGAGUUACUUGCUCUUUUUGUAUCUCGGAUGUUACUCCUCUUUAGAACAUUGGAAGGAUUUGUUAGCCAUGCUCUCGCUAGCGGUGGACGACGGUGACAGGGAGGAGGAGAAUUCUAGAAAGGACGAGAAAGGUCGAAGAUUGGGACAGAAUCGAAGGCAUGAGGCCCUGUAUCGAGGGCUGCUGCGCCUACUUCCCUACCAGUUGUCGAGCAUGACGGAUCCGGAGUUUCUCGAAGAUCUAGAUGAGGGGGGUGGGAAUUUCUUGAUUCCGAGUUUAGCACGAUUGAACCGAUAUUACGAGGCAAGAGGACAGGAGGCAGAUCUUCAGGGGGGAUACCAGGAUUUGAUAUCAAAAUUCCGGCACGUCUUGUCCACCAAGUUUCCGCAGACAUUUUUUACGCAUAACGCGCAUUGGGUUCCAACCAUUACGAGACUGCGGGGCAACAGCGAUGUCGACAACGGAUGCAGUGGUUGCAAGGAUACUGUAGACGGCAUGGAUAUUGAUAACGGGAAUGAGAAUUGCUUUUAUACCGAUGGUGACUACAGCGACGAGGACGAGGAAGGUCCAGUGGUGGUUUCCUCGGAAGAGAUCGAAGCGUCCCUGGCUCGGUCCARCCACUAUAUUUCCAUUCGCUCCCCGGCAACGCAGGAAUCGAGAAUAACCGUGGCCCAGUUGCGCAAGGAGUAUCCGUUGUUGACCGCCGCUGUGAUGUCCCACGAAGACAUUCUCAUGACUUGCGCGAGGGCCCUUGACGAUAAAAACGAUGCCUCUUUGGUGCGAGAGGCGGCAGCCUAUCUCGAGGAAGUCGAACAACACCGACAAAGCUUUUGACGCUAGGRCACGUUGCGCAUCAAAUGAAUUUACAAUACAUGGAAGUGGAUUUGUGUGAUGAAUUUGAGAUGCUCGACAACUAAAUUCUUGUUUUCAGCGAUCAGAAACAACAGAAAGCGCUUGUCUCCGAUGAGAAUCGAUAAGGAUUAGUAUUUUAAAUACCUGUGCUCGAUGUGAUACAACGAGGGUCUGUCUGCAAUAGUUUCCAUAAGUGUGAUGGUUAUGUAAAGAAGUACCGCAUCGUGUUGCGCGAAGAGAUCGGAGGUUCAGCAAGUAUCGAACUCGCACUGUGCUUACGCUCAUUGAUUAGAUACAUUUGAUCGUUGCAGAGCAUCUACUCCAACUUAGAAAACCUUUUUAAGGAGAAGCAUUAGGUUCAGCCCCCAAAGUUUCGAAUCUGCGGUAGUUAUAUGGCUUGCCCUCGUUUGACGGUUCGUUUCAUGUUUGCUUUGAAGCACUUUCUGCUUGAGUCUGUUAUUGCAUUGCAAGAUAGGCAAUUUUAAUGGGAAACGAGUGAGAUGCACUCUCAUACGAAUGGAAAUCACACAUGAUUGAGGCUGAAGAAUUGAACUAAAUGUUAAGAAAAUAU